CAUCAUUUCAACUAAACGUGAAUCUAUAGGCAACUACACGAGUACAUCUCCAAUCGAAGAGGACCCUUACAAGAGUUUCAUUUCCAAACAGCAAGAAGGAUAUAUAGAUUCUAAAAUCUAAACUCCAAUGUCAAUUGUGCGCCAAUUUUAGCACUUUCGAACGAGGUCUUUGGCACAUGCUCCCCAGGCGGGUAGAAGUAGAGAUAACGCUAUUCUAUUGUUUUUUUCUUCUCGUUACAUUCUCUUGGUUUUAAUAUUAUACAUGGUUUUGAUUUCCAAGGAUUCUAUUCCUUUUCUAAACCAAAAAAGAAAAAAAAGAAUUCUGUUGUUUUUGUUUUGCUUAUAUAAGACCCCUGGUGGUUUCGUUCAGCUCCAAAGAAUCUCUUCUACCCAAAACUAAAAGAAAAGGAAACCACCAAACAAGGCAGCUAUAGUAUCUCAAGAAAACAUGGUUUCUCGCACAGGAAGGCACUUGCAGCGCUACAGCGAAGGUCGUCUCCAAGUCGUAGGGUUCGUCUCCAUCUCUUUUUUCCUCUUUUAAAUUCAAACAAGCUGAUCAGUUUUUUCUGAGUGUUCGAUUGUUUUGGAUGAGGGAUUUAUAUCUGUAGUGCAUUGCUUAACUGUUACUGAAGUUGGGUAUACUUAGAUGAACACGAAAGGGAUGAAUUUCAUUCUCAUAGUAGCUGGAAAACACAAACUGAUAAACACUGCAUCUCUCUCAUCAAAGCUAGGUCCACACAUGGAGUUGUAACUUGGAACAGGAGAAAGCCAACGUAGAGAUUUCCCAACGUUCCAAUACCUCUCUUUCUACUCUAUAACACUCAAACACACAGGAAGGAACAACACCAAAAAUGGUGGCAAUCACAAGCUCUCUACUCCUCACCCUCUCCACAUUCAUAGUUUCUCUCUCAUCUCUCUACAUUCCUUCCCGCUCUUCCUCCAUAGACACCUUCGUCUACGGAGGCUGCACACAGGAGAAGUACGCGCCCAACUCGCCCUACGAGUCCAACAUCAACUCGCUCCUGACCUCCCUGGUUAACUCAGCCACCUACUCUUCCUACAACAACUACACCGUCAUGGGAUCCAGCCCCCAAGACGUCAUCUACGGCCUCUACCAAUGCCGUGGCGACCUCUCCAUGCCCGACUGCGCCACCUGCGUCGCCCGUGCAGUCAGCCAAGUCGGGAGCUUCUGCCCCUACAACUCCGGCGGUGCCCUUCAGCUGCAGGGCUGCUACAUCAAGUACGACAACACCACCUUUCUCGGCGUGGAGGACAAGACGGUGGUGCUCAAAAAAUGUGGGCCGUCGGUCGGGUACGAUUCGGACGGAAUGAGCCGGAGGGAUUCAGUGUUGGCUGCUUUGGUUGGCUCCAGUGGGCCGUACAGGGUGGGAGGGUCCGGGAACGUCCAAGGUUUGGCCCAAUGCGUCGGGGAUCUGAGCUUCACACAGUGUCAGGACUGUGUGACGGAGGCAAUCGGACGGGUGAAAAGUGAAUGCGGCGGUGCUGUUUACGGUGAUAUGUUCUUGGCCAAGUGUUACGCCAGGUACUCAACUGGCGGUGCUCAAUUUUACUCCAAGAUGCAUCAUGAUAAAUCUAGCAAUGAGGGUGAGAAGACAUUUGCAAUUAUCAUUGGAUUAUUAGCAGGAGUUGCUCUGCUCAUCAUCUUUCUUACUUUCGUAAGGAAGGUGUUUGGGGAAAAUGGUAAAUAAAUUAUGAAUUUGCUUCAAAGUUAUUGGGUUGGUGAUUCUUUUGCUUCCCAAGUGAUUUGGUUUUGCUUCCUUUCUUUUUUCUUCAUUAUGUCGACUUUUCCCCUCUCUAGCUUUGCACCCUUUAACGUCUUGGGUUUAAUUACUUAAUUUAUGUAUCUCUCCAAAAAGGGUGAUUUAGAGAAAAGAUGGAGCACUUACCCAUAAAACAAAGUUAAAAAGGGAGCAAGAGAAAAGGAGGAGGCAAGGAUUCCUCUAUCCCCCUCCACUUACAAAAGUUGUACGUGUUGUCUAAUAUGAAACAGAUGAUAUUGAUUUGUGAUGUAUUAUUAUUGUGUGAUCUAUAAAAAUUCAAAAUUCAUUGUGCAUGUA